GGCCCGGGGAAAUAGCCAACGGUAGGCUACCUGCGGAGAACGCAAGCGUGCGUCUGGCUCCAUUCCUAAACCCAAACGGACGUGCUGACUUCGAAGAUUUGCCGCAAAAAAAGGAGACAGCAGAAAGAGUGUGCAGAAAGAGUGACUACUGGCCAUAUGUCAACGAAGGGCAGAAAGUAUCACGAGAGAGUAUCGUUCUCCGAAGAGGAGGAUGAACAGUGUUGGAAAGAGGAAAACGGCUGUAUGGAUGUACAUUACCUAAAAUCCGUCCAAACAAUCCGGGAUUCGUCUGGAUAUUAUGCUUAUAAUAUGAAAGCGGCAGCGGAACUUGAGCUCCCCGCCCACCGGCGGAUGAUAGCGGCGCGGGAGAAGGGUCGUCGACCACAGAUGCGCGGGCCGGCCUUCAUGUUCAACGACCGCACCACAAGCAUGACCGCUGAGGAAGAGCGCUUUCUGGACUCGGCAGAGUACGGCAACAUCCCUGUGGUCCGCAAGAUGCUGGAGGACUCUACCACGCUCAAUGUCAACUGCGUGGACUACAUGGGCCAGAACGCAUUGCAGCUGGCGGUGGGCAACGAGCACCUGGAGGUGACGGAACUGCUCCUGCGGAGGGAUAACCUGGCGCGCAUCGGUGACGCCCUGCUCUUGGCUAUCUCGAAAGGCUACGUCAGGAUAGUGGAAACCAUCUUGGCCCAUCCAUCCUUCCAGGCUAGCGAGCGACUGACACGGAGUCCGUGCGAGCUGCAGGACGACGACUUCUACUCAUACGAUGAGGAUGGCACGCGCUUCUCGCCCGACAUCACCCCCAUCAUUCUGUCUGCGCACUGCCAGAAGUACGAGGUGGUGCACAUGCUGCUGCUGAAGGGUGCGCGCAUCGAGCGGCCGCAUGACUACUUCUGCAAGUGUGUAGAAUGUGCCGAGAAACAGGGCAAAGAUGCGUUCAGCCACUCACGCUCACGCAUCAAUGCCUACCGGGGCCUGGCCAGCCCCGCUUACCUGUCACUGUCUAGCGAGGACCCAGUGCUCACCGCAUUGGAGCUCAGCAACGAACUGACCAAGUUGGCCAACAUCGAGAAAGAGUUCAAGAAUGACUAUCGCAAGCUGUCUAUGCAGUGUAAGGACUUUGUAGUGGGAGUGCUGGACCUCUGUCGGGACACAGAGGAAGUGGAAGCCAUUUUGAAUGGAGAUGUUACUGCUGAGAAGGAGUCGGGGCAGGGCCUUCGCUCUCUCCUGAGCAGGGUCAAACUGGCCAUCAAGUACGAGGUGAAAAAGUUCGUGGCACACCCCAACUGCCAGCAGCAGCUGCUGACGAUCUGGUAUGAGAACCUGUCGGGCCUGAGGGAGCAGACUAUCGCUGUAAAGUGCCUGGUGGUGGUGGCUGUGGCCCUGGGUCUGCCCCUGCUGGCUGUGGGUUACUGGUUCGCCCCUUGCAGUCGGCUGGGCAAUGCUUUGCGCAGCCCCUUUAUGAAGUUUGUGGCCCAUGCCGCCUCCUUCAUCAUCUUCCUGUGCCUGCUGUUGUUCAACGCAUCGGACCGCUUCGAGGGAAUCCGCACCAUGCCAAACGUGACCGUCACUGACCACCCCAUGCAGAUCUACCGGGUCAAGACCACUGAAUUCAGCUGGACUGAGAUUCUCAUCAUGGUCUGGGUCACAGGGAUGAUGUGGUCUGAGUGUAAGGAACUGUGGACUGAGGGGCCAAGGGAAUACAGCCAGCAGCUGUGGAACGUUCUGGACUUCGGCAUGCUCUCAAUCUUCAUCGCCGCUUUCACUGCCCGGUUCUUCGCCUUCCUCCAGGCCACCAGAGCCCAGCAGUACGUCAACGAAAAGAUCCACGCUACCGAUCUCUCCCUAGUGACCCUACCCCCAGAGGUCAAAUACUUCACCUACGCGAGGGACAAAUGGCUGCCGUCAGACCCCCAGCUGAUCUCAGAAGGACUAUACGCCAUCGCCGUGGUGCUGAGCUUCACACGCAUCGCUUACAUCCUGCCGGCUAACGAGAGCUUCGGACCGCUCCAGAUCUCCCUGGGCCGCACGGUCAAAGACAUCUUCAAGUUCAUGGUCCUGUUCAUCAUGGUCUUCCUGGCAUUCAUGAUUGGCAUGUUUAUCCUCUAUUCUUACUACUUGGGUGCCAAGGUCAACCCAGCAUUCACCACGGUGGAGGAGAGCUUCAAGACUCUGUUCUGGUCUAUAUUUGGGCUGUCAGAGGUGUCCUCCGUGGUGCUCAAAUACAACCACAAGUUCAUUGAGAACAUCGGCUACGUGCUCUACGGAAUCUACAACGUGACCAUGGUGGUGGUGUUGCUCAACAUGCUGAUCGCCAUGAUCAACAGCUCCUAUCAAGAGAUCGAGGAUGACGCGGACGUGGAGUGGAAGUUUGCGCGCUCCAAACUGUGGCUGUCCUACUUUGACAAUGGCAAGACGCUGCCUCCUCCCUUCAGCAUCGUUCCAACUCCCAAGUCCUUUUACCACCUCGUCAGGUGGAUAGUUGGCAUGCUGCAUUGCCGACGACGAAGCCUGAAGAAGGACGUAGAGCUGGGAAUGGACAGUUCGAAGUCCAGGCUCAAUCUCUUUACCCAGUCCAACCUGCGCAUAGCAGAGUCCCACAGUUUUAACAGCAUCCUGAACCAACCCACUCGCUAUCAGCAAAUCAUGAAAAGACUCAUAAAACGCUACGUGUUGAAAGCACAAGUGGACAAAGAAAACGACGAGGUCAAUGAAGGUGAGCUGAAAGAAAUCAAGCAGGACAUCUCCAGUCUACGGUACGAACUCCUGGAAGACAAGUCUCGGGCUACAGAGGAGCUGUCCUUUCUUAUCCAGAAACUGAGUGAGAAACUGAAGCUAGGCCCUACAACACGCUUCUACGAGUGAACCCACCGCCACCCCACAGUACAACCAAGCAGCCAACAUCCAAGCAUUUCUCCACAUACUCCACCAGCACCCCCUGGCUAGGUUGUUUUGUAAAAGUCUUCUUUGCAAAUCAAAUCAUAGUGUAUUUGUCACAUGCGCCAAAUACAACCUUACAGUGAAAUGCUUACUUACAAGCCCUUAACCAACAGGUUUGCAUGAAGUUAGUAUUAACAGACAAGAACAGCACAAGUGAAGGCAACAGCAAAAAGGAUUGUUGCCUCACUAUUUUGGUGUACGGAGAAGUUGCCCUAAGACUGAUCUUGUGUCAGUUAAGCAUUUUCCCACUAAUGGUUAAGAUUAGGAUUGCGAGAGGGGAAGCUGAUCCUAGAUCUGUACCCAAAUGAAACUUUACCCCAGAGCCACUAUUUUACAUUAAGACGAAAAAUGGUGUUACUGUUAUAGAUAUUUAUAUAUCAUUCCUUGUUAACAUAUUUUAAAGUAAAUGGUUGUUUAGUACUGGUUUUAUCUGUUGCUUUCUCUCAUUAUAGAUUUAUAACCAAGCAGUAGGAUUAUUUGACAAUAUUUCCUCAUAAAUUCUCUCAUAAGAUAAUCAGUCAUUGAUUAAUGUCAUUAUUAUGUUUGUUCCUGAAAUCCACCUAGUUGCAAAGCACCUUUUAUUUUCUACGUAAACACUGUUCUUGUUGCUCUAGUGCUAUGGCUAUUUUGGGGUUCUUACAUUGUGUGUUUUAAAGUUGUGUCCAGCCGUGGUCCUGGAGAGUGUACAUCAGAAUACCGUAAACAGUACAAGGGGAUAUCCAAUGAUCUACACUACAUUUGGAACGUAUUCAGAGCCCUUGACUUUUUACAUAUUUUCUUACGUUACAGCCUACUUCUAAAAUUGCUGAAAUCGUUUCAGACGAUUGCUGAAAUCGUUUCAGACAAAACCCGUCAUCAAUCUGCAAACAAUACCACAUAAUGACAAAGUAAUAACAGGUUUUUGGAUUU